AUAAGAUCAAUCAUUUUUGGACAUGCCUAAGAGGAGUGGCAUGGAUGAGGGAUCGUGAUGACUGUCUAUUUCGGGAGAAUUCUGAAUCACAUUAAGUCGUUAUGGUGAAAGGCCAACGGAUCAGACGCAUUAAUCGCCACCCAAAGGUCAAGAACAAGCGAGUCAAUUCAAAACCAGAGGUUGCGCGUCCUCGAUCCAGACAUUUCGUGGUUCUGAAGUUCUCCCUCCCUGUUCUCCUCCCUCAUAGUAACUAACUUGAGCUGAAAGACAAUCCAGAACUAAACAGCUCCUCCUGCUACAUUCAUAUCUGCACAAACAGAUCUCGACACAGAAAGCCAACAUUAACAAUCAAGCUCAAGGAAAACGUUCAAGCACAUCAACUCUAACGUCUCCAGGUUUGGAUCAUGCUUUUUUCCGUUCAAUCUGGCCCCAUCCAACCCGCAAUGGAUCCUCCCGGCAAAACAUUGAAGGAGUUCCUCACCGAGGAGAAGUCCCGGGCCCAAGAGCGGAUUCGCCAAUGUCAGAUCUUUUUGCAAGACUCGCAUUUGGAGUGUGGCACCGUCAGAGAGAGUCUUGAGCAACUCAGGUCCAAUGCCGAGGACGACUUUGGUACCUUCCUGCACCUUCUCACUGUUUGCAAGACCUUGACCAACCAUCAAGAACCGACGACCGCUCAAGUUGUUCCUAAAUCCAGGAAGCUAUCAAUGGAUAAACCAAAAGCCGCAUCGAUCCGAGACUCCUCGGAAGAAGAUGAAGGCCUGAGCUUCGGAGAUAAGGGUCCUCAAGGAGCUGCCAAAAUGAGCGAGGCCAUCGCGGAAGAAUUCGACCCACUUGAUCCCCUCCAAGAGUACCUGACUAGCGACUUCCCAGCGUCUGCCAUUGAUGACAUGGGAGACGAGAGCAGACCCUGUCGGGAAGAAGAUGACCAUUUAACCACAUUACCUCGGUCCAAUCGAGCUCCCGGAGUUUCCAUGGGACGUUUCAUGGCCACUCGAGCCAAUGGAGAGGAAGACUCCUUGAGCAACAUGGCCCGAUCUUUGCCCGUUAGCGCUCCAAUCAAUCCGAAUCGGACCUCAAGGCUGCCUCCGGAAUUGGAAGAGGAUGAUUGGGACGAGUCGGACGAGAUUCGGACGGUGGAUAUUCAUAAUUCCAUUCAGACCAUCGCCAAGAGUCUUCAUGUAGACGUCUUUGGCGAACUGCCUCGAUCCAAACGGAUGUUCCAGGAUUAGUUAGUUCUUGGACAAUCCUGAAUUUGAGUACGAUCAACUUUGAACAAUUUGUGAGGGUGUCACCGUUUCACGGGUACAUUGUUCUGAAUUACAGUGUGUAUUGAAAUGUG